CUGUGGCGCUGGGCCGAGUGGGCUGCGGGGAUGCGGGGCACGAGCUGCGUGGGUGGCGGCGGCGAGAGCCCGGGUGGCGCGGGGCUGAGCGAAGGCCCGCGGGGCCGCUGGCUGCGCCUGGCUCCUGUCUGCGCCUACUUUCUCUGCGUGUCGUUGGCUGCCGUGCUGCUCGCUGUCUAUUACGGUCUCAUCUGGGUUCCCACGCGGCCCCCUGCGGCCCCAGCCGGCCCGCCGCCCAGCGCGCAGUCCUCUCCCUGCGGCGCCCGCGCGGGUGCUCUACCUGCCUCGGUGCCCGCCGCUGCGUCGGUCUCUUGUCUCCUGGGAGCCCCUGGCGGGCCGCGACCCCACCUCGAGCUGCCGCACAGCCGCCGCCGCCGCCGCCACAGCGACCCCAGCCGCCGCCCGAGCCGCCAGACGCCGGGGGAGACGCCGGAGGCCGCGGGGGGCGAGGACCCGGGUAACCCUCCUUUUCACCCAAGAUGGACCGCCGGCCCUCGAGAGCCCGGCGCCCCCGCCGCGGAUGCGCCGUUCCCGGAUUGGGGUCUGGCUCCCUCUUCAUGACAUCGUGUAGCGUCUCCGGAGCCGUCAUCCUGAAGAAUGGGGGGCGAAGAGGGUCUGGCUCUGGGCCUCGCCCCUCGCAGCUUCUCCGCCGUCAGGCCGGUCCUCCACCAUCUGGCCGACCGCAAACUGAUCUUUGCCUCCUGACCCUCCCUCUUUAGGAUUCUGAGUACAGAGUCUUCAGCCCGCCCCCCUUCUCCCUGAAUCUCCGUAUCCAUCUUCCACCUGCAAUAAACUCAGCCCCAGCUGCCUCGUG